AUGGCGACGAAGACAGCCGGCGGAAACGCCGCCUUCCACAACUUCCACAACGACUUUGCACAUAUCCAGGACCCCAACGAGCGACGACGACUUGCCCUCGCUGAGAUCGAUAAGGCUCCCUUUGGCUGGUACCAUGUCCGUGCCAUUGUGGUCGCCGGUAUCGGUUUCUUCACUGAUGCAUAUGAUAUCUUCGCCAUCAACUUGGUGACAGCCAUGUUGGGUGUCGUCUACUGGCAGGACACCCCCGACCCAAAGAAUGCAGGAAAGAUUCCUUCCAACUCGGACACUGCCAUCAAAGUUGCAACCUCUGGCGGUACUGUCAUCGGCCAGGUCGGCUUUGGUUGGCUCGCCGAUGUCGUCGGCCGCAAGCGGAUGUAUGGUCUCGAAUUGAUCCUCAUCAUCUUCGCAACUCUUGCCCAGGCACUUUCAUCUGACUCUCCUGCCAUCUCCAUUGUUGGCAUCAUCAUCUUCUGGAGAGUUAUGAUGGGUAUCGGUAUUGGAGGAGAUUAUCCGCUUUCUUCGAUCAUCACUUCUGAGUUCGCCACCACCAAGUGGAGAGGCGCCAUGAUGGGCGCUGUCUUUGCGAUGCAAGGUAUCGGCCAAUUCACCGCCGCCAUCAUUGCUUUGAUUGUCGUGACUGGCUUCCAUCAGUCUCUCAAGACGGCCGAAACUGUCGACCUUUGUGAUGGUGUCUGCCAACUUGCAGUCGACAAGAUGUGGCGUGUUAUCAUUGGGUUCGGCGCAGUCCCAGGGUGUGUCGCCUUGUACUUCCGUCUCACCAUCCCCGAGACUCCUCGUUAUACUUUCGAUGUUGCCCGUGACUCUGAGAAGGCUGUCGAGGACGUCAAGGCUUACCGAUCCGGACAACAUGAGGGCAAGCCCGAUGAAGUUAGCCGCGCCGCUGUCUUGCAAGACUCCCGCCUGCGCCUCGAGACUCCCAAGGCCAGCUGGAACGACUUCUGGCGACACUACACCCAAUGGAAGCACGGAAAGGUCUUGCUUGGAACGGCGGGCUCGUGGUUCUUCCUUGAUGUUGCUUUCUACGGUCUGGGUCUCAACAACUCCAUCAUUCUCCAAGCCAUUGGCUAUGCCAAGGGCGACAACGUCUACGAGAUUUUCUACAACACGGCUGUUGGCAAUCUGAUCAUUGUCUGCGCCGGUGCCAUUCCAGGGUAUUGGGUGACUGUUGCAACGGUUGAUACCAUCGGCCGCAAGACCAUUCAGCUGAUGGGCUUCAUCCUCCUCACCAUCAUCUUCAUCAUCAUCGGCUUCGCUUACAGCCAUCUUCACGAAGGCGGUCUUCUCGCGCUGUACGUCCUCGCUCAGUUCUUCUUCAACUUCGGACCCAACGCCACCACUUUCAUUGUCCCGGGCGAAUGCUUCCCGACCCGCUACCGGUCUACCUCGCACGGUAUCUCGGCCGCUUCCGGCAAAGUCGGGGCCAUUGUCGCCCAAACUGUCUUUGGUCCCCUCCGAACCAAGGGACAUCCUACGAAGUCCAACCCAUCUCCUUGGCUCAACCAUGUCAUGGAAAUCUUCGCACUCUUUAUGCUUUGCGGCUGCUUCACUACCCUCCUUAUCCCCGAGACUAAGCGUAAGACGCUCGAAGAGCUUGCCGGUGAAGUGCCCGGCACCAAGAACUACGACCCUGAAAGCGCCGGUCACCGCAAGGAUUCAUAUGUCGCACAGCCCACCAGUGAGGGAGUCAUCGAGAGUGACAAGACUGCUUGA